AUGCGAUCUGCAGAGAAGAACCUAGCGGUUUCGUUUCUUCCACCAUCUGAUCGGUGGUACCAAAUUGAGGCAGCAAUUGACCCGAUGGAAAUGAUCCUGCUAUUGAUGGCGAAAGAUGGCGGAUCGGUGCAUCGGAAGGCGCAUCUCGACGAAGCGGCCACCAUCGUCGACUUCAUCUACAACAUGACGGUCACCCACGGAAACCGGAGCCUGGUCUACAAAAAGAUGUGCUCGCCGUAUUGCUUUGCCAACGAGCUUUUCGGGACGUUCAAGCACUACUACGAUGUCAACUACAGAUCGGCCACUAGGUCCGGUACAUGGAGUGAUUUGUUCAACCUGUCGUAUCCGUUCGCUUCCAUCUGGGGUUAUCGGGUACCACUCGAGCAGUGCUUGUUCGGUGUAGUACUGACACAACCUAGCAAGACCAAUUCUUCUUCUGGGACUAAGAAGGUGAAGCGGUUCAUCUUUGACGAAGACAUCCCGGUAGACCGCAGCAAGCCGUUGGAGUCUCAGAUCACCAACAUGCAGCACGGGUUUGUCCAGCGAUUUGCUAGUAUGCUGGCAAUGGUGGUGAUCUGUGUGCUGUCCAUUUCGUACUACUAUCAGGCACUGGACGUCGGCAAAAUUCUAAUUGGCCUCUGUGCGACACUUUGCCCACUCUUGGGCAUCACAUCCACUUAUGGCCUCCUGGCUCUGUGUGAGUACGCAGAGAAUUCAGGGGUCGAUGCGCUGUUUUUAAUGAUGUACUCGUGGCAGAAGAUGAUCGAAUUCGGCUAUACACCAAAUCGAAAGACUGGGAUGGUUCUCGAGGAAUGCGGUCCAAGUAUCACCAUCACCUCCGUGACGAACGUGCUCGCGUUUGGGAUCGGAGCCAUCACUCCCACGCCAGGUUCGUCCAACUGCUUUUUGGCGCUGGUUAGCCCUGGCCGAUCUGGUCAGCUGACCAAUCUUAAGUUCUGCUACUUUGAGAGUUUGCUCAUUUCGCUGAAUUCCUUCGCGGACCUUGCAGAAGUGCGUCUGUUCUGCGUGGGAUCCGCUGUGGCGAUCUUUCUGACGUAUGUCUACCAACUGAUUUUAUUCGGACCGGCUCUCGCGAUCGCAACAACCUACGAGAGACCCUACAAACUUGAAGAGGAGGGUAAGGCAACCGGCUGCAGAGCACUGAUCAACGCGAUCUUUCUGACGUUACUUCGUGCUCACUGCGGGUUCCUCGGUCGGGUUGAGGUGGCGAUUGUCGUCUUCAUAAUGACCGUCGUCUACUUGGGUUUGGGAAUUCAAGGACUGAUGACCAUGAAUGUGCGCUUGGAUUCGGAAAAAAUUCUGCCAAAAGAUUCCGAGCUUCACAAGCCGAACACACUUCUCAUGGAUUACGUUUGGCAGGAGCAUCUCUCGCCGAUCUUCCUAGUCAACAGUCGCUUCAACCUGACCGACACCAAAUUGACCGCUCAGUUCUGGGACGUGCUCAAAGAGCUUGAAACUCUACCUCGUUGCAAA